AUGGACGUCCUUCCCCAUGAACGAAGGGAAUGGCUCCCUGCUUACUCUCUGGUUCUUGGAUCUAUAACCACCAUCUUGCUAGUCAUUCGAUUGUUAUCGAGAGCUCUAUGGAGAGGUGGUGGCCUCGGGCUCGAUGACUUCUUUAUCACGCUUGGAUGGGCGGUGGCUGCUGCGAACACUGGGUUAUCAGUGCAUGCUGCUACUGAGCUAGGAUAUGACAGACACAUAUGGGACAUCGAUCCCGCUGAUGCUCCAAAUGCCAUCAAGUACGGCUUUGUCAUAAGCAUACUGUACGUUUGGUCCACGUCAUUGACCAAAUUAUCAAUCCUUCUAUUCUACCGGAGGCUGGUCGCUGGGACGUACAGCAAAAGAUAUAGAUAUUCUAUUUGGAUAGCCCUCGCUGCUCUUGUGACUUAUACGAUUGUCAUAUUCGCCCUUAUAAUGACGACAUGCUUCCCCCUCGAUGCGGUAUGGAUGAAGGUAGUGCCCGCCUGGGUCAAAGGCCACGACUACCGCUGCGCUUCCAAUCGAGCUGUCAUCGCGACAUCCUACGCCUCGGGGAUAUUGAGCGUAGUAACAGAUUUUUACACGGUGCUGCUACCAUGUUGGCUUUUUUUCAGUAUCCAGAUGGACAAGAAGAGGCGUAUUGCGACCAUGAGUGUCUUUUCGGUCGGAUUCUUGGUUGUCAUCGCAGGAACCGUUCGAACGGUGUACUUGGUCAAGGCAGAAGGCCCCGACAUUGACAAGACCUGGAACAUAUUCAACGUCAUCAUAGCAGGAACGACCGAAGGCGACUUCGGGAUCAUGUGUGCGUGCGCACCCUCCCUAAAGUCAGCGUUCAGCUACCACUUCGGAACGCACGGCUUGACUCAAAAUACUGGCGUUAGCAAUCCUUCGUCGAACAGCUGGUCCACAGAUACUGGCAAACGAGCUGCCGUCCGGAAUGGAUAUGUACGGCUGUCGGCAAAGCUGCGAAAAGGGGGCCCUGCUCCGCCGCCGCUGCCACAAGGGGAGGAACUUAUUUUGCAAGAAAGACUCGAUCAAAGUUACGGAAAGAAAAACUCAAAAUCUGAUAUUGAUCAAUUUGGCUUUAGUCAUGAGGCAUGGGCGGCACGUUCGCCGACGAAUUCAACAUGUGAUCUCGAAAGCGGAAUUCAUCGAAGCAGCAUUGAAUACGCUCCACGAUCACCAAUGACAUUCAAUGAGACGACAAGUUUACGACCACGGGCAUCCCAACAAGAUGUUUCAUGAAACCUAAUUUAGAUCGAUGAAACUUGAGAUCAGUGUACAAUAGUGAUGAGCAAUGUGCCGAAGAUGAUGAAGAAUUGG